AUGCCUCGCACGCGCCUCGACGACUUCGGAGGAUUUUCCGACGCUGAGGACGAGGGAUACUCGGGGCGUGGCCCCCUUCUCCCUAGCGGAACCCCUAUCUCUCCGGAGCCGGAGAGCGACGAAGAGCCGGAGAUCGAGGAUGAAGAGAGCGACAAUGGAGACGACGAUUACGAGGAAGACGAAGAGAUGCUCGACGUUUACGAGGAGGACGAGGACGAGAAUAGCGAGGGAGACGCUGGCGAUGAGGAGGAGAAUGCGACUCUGGCGAUGAAGGUACAUCGCCUGGGAGGAGGAGGAGGAGGAGGGGGGAAGAAGAAGAAGAAGAAGAAGAAGAAGAAGAAGAAGAAGAAGAAGAAGAAGAAGAAGAAGAAGAAGAAGAAGAAGAAGAAGAAGAAGAAGAAGAAGAAGAAGAAGAAGAAGAAGAAGAAGAAGAAGAAGAAGAAAGACCUGAUUUGUUCUAUUUCUAUAGAACUGAUAGUGACCGUGACACUGGGUCAAAUUCGUGUUUUACUGUACCAGCCCGCGUGGGUCUUAGAGAUCGGCAGCGCGCAAUACCUGCUCUAA